UACCCGCUCCAUGGGGGUUCGCUAUAAAAGGGCGCCGGGGACCGCCGCGCCAGCCAGACGCGCCGGGGCGCACCGAGCCGCUGCUUGUGCCCGCGCUGCGCCCCGCAGAGAACGGGACACGGCUCUCCGUCCCGACGCUGGGAGAGACUUUCCCUCAUUUUUUCUCUCUUAUUAAUUUUUGCCUUUUUCCCCCCCUCCCCUUUUUUUUUCGUCCGCUCUCCGCUGCCUGCUAUGGAUUAUUCCCAGAUGAUCGUCUCGCUGCUCUUCGUGCUCUGCCCGGGGCUGCUGCCGGCAGCCCCCGGAGCCGAAGCGGACGCCGCGCCGCCCCCCGCCACCGCCGCGCACCGCCGCGCCCGGCGCUGCUCCUGCUCCUCGCUGCUGGACGAGGAGUGCGUCUACUUCUGUCACCUCGACAUCAUCUGGAUCAACACCCCCGAGAAGACUGUUCCGUAUGGUCUUGGAGGCCCUUCUCGUUCCAGAAGAUCGCUGAAGGACGUGGUGCCGGAGACGCUCACUGAACCUAGCAGCAGAUGCCAAUGUGCCAACCAGAAGGACAAGAAAUGUCUGAACUUCUGCCAGACAGGAAAAGAUCUCUGGGCUCAGUCCACAGUGGAGAAAACCUUGCAUCACCGCAACAAAGCUGGCAAUUGCAUCGGACCCAAGUGCACGAACCGACAGCUUGUUGACAGCAAGAAAAUGAAGCGGCUGCAAGCCAUUGGUAACAGUAUCAAAGCUUCCUUCAGUAUUGCAAAGCUGAAGGCUGAGCUCCAGAAAGGGUGGAAGCUGAAACAUAACAGGGCAAACAAAAGGCAAAGCAUCUGGGAAAGCCUGAAAGCAUCCUAGUGGGAAGAUCACCUCAAUCUUUCUCCACCACACUUGCUGACAAAGCGUCACCAAAACUCUCUCUUGACUUCUAACAUUCCAUGAUGGCGAAGGGCCUCCCUGUCCAAGUGUUUGCACAGCAGAGCAAAACACUAAGGAAGUCCCGUAUUUGGAGGUAUAAAAGCAAAGGAUUUCAUCAUUUUGGAAUUCAGAUGGAUGGGUAGAGGGGGUGAAGGGGAAUCCGCAGUAACAUACAUGAAAAGCUAUCUUUCUGAAGAAACAUUUAAACAUUGCUUCUGGAAUGUUACCCAUCAAUUGAGCAGCUUUCAGGGUCUACAUCAAAAGCAUCUUGCAAGGAAGACCUCCCAGAUGUGCUUAGAAAGGACAGAAAGCAAGAUCUGAGUGGACAAACUUCAAAGUGAAAAACUCUGCCUUUUGAUUAAGAUGCAAAAAUGAAAGCCCCAGUGCUACUUUAAUCAGGACUUACUGCAUAUAUACAUGUCUACCUCGCGUACUGUUUGUUGCACUCCUGCUAGAGUAUUUUUACACCUUUUUAUUGCCUUUACUAAUCAGCUGCAACCCUUUGCCUUUUUCCAGAAGUCUAGUUUACUUGUACAACCAGAGUUAUCUGAAUGUGGGUUACACACUGUGGUUGUUUGCAUAGUCAAAGUCCUUUGGUUUUGGAUACCAAAGGACUCUUCAACAUAAAAUAAAAGUUAGAGGACACUACUAGGUUUCCCAUAACAAGGGCAUUUGGCUAACUGAACUUCUAAUAAUAGAGGUUGUUGUGUCUUAAAUGCCACCAAAAAUGCCCUGAAAUAUCAGAGGCUGUUGUGAGAUUUAUUCAGUGCCUUGUUUGGUGGAAAUGCGUUGAGACAAAGGGUUGUUUUGAAUUAUGUCAAAAGGCUAAUACUGGGUGAAUGUUUAUAGCAGUGAAUUUAUUCACAUUGUUGAAUUUGCUGACAGGUUGAAUCUUAUGUGCUUAUUUUUUGUGUUUUGUAUUUAUAGUCACACAAGUUCUUCAUUAUAUUUACCAUGUUGAAUACACAUUGAAGUAGGCCAUAUUGGUCUAUGCAUGUUUUAUGUAUUUCUGUAUGAAAUUGGAAAAUGCUUUAUGCCUAUCGAGGUAAAUAUCUUCAGAAAUAAAUAUUUUUAAUUACUGUA